AUGAGAAAACGUAAACAAACUUCCUCAUCAUCAUCGUCGCAGAUAGCAACCUCAUCAUCGGGAUCAUCAAGCAACAACAAUACUACCACCGUGGUCAUUAAUGAAAAAACAAAAUAUCAACUCAAUGAUUUAUUACAUACCGCAUGUUGUAAAAACAGUGAAUUUUAUGUGCAAGAUUCCGUACUGCAAACGUUUAAAUCAAUUGUCAAACAAGGAGAUGUCUAUGUCGAAUCAGCCUAUCAUCAAUUGAUGAAAAGUAUUUUACCAAUGAAGAACUCCACGAGACGAUAUUUAGCACUUAUAUUUAUUCAUGAAUGUAUGAGGAGUAAAACCUUUAGAUCUCUAUUGGCAAAAGAUUUUCAAGAAUUUAUUGUUCUUACAGUGCAAGGAAGCCCCUCCUCGAAAAAAGAUAAAGCAACAUCAAAUGCAAGCAAUGGAAAAAAUUCAAUUUAUCUGAAACGUAAAAAUUCAAAAUAUAGCCACGAUGAAGCCUGUAUGCCCAAUGUAUUGCCUCCUCCAGAGAAAUCAGCCAUGCUGUUGAGGAAAAAAGCUCUCGAACAUAUUGAGCAGUGGAGUGAAGUUUAUGGUGAUGUGUAUCCUUCGUUUAAGAAAGGUCAUGACUAUGUGGAAAAGGUUUUAAAAUUUCAAUUUCCAAAAUUGAGAGAACAUCGUUUGGAUACGGCUCGAAUUGAGGCCGAAAGAAAACGUCACACUCAAAUCAUACUGAUGCAAAAGUUUAAAAAGAUUCGAGAUGAAGAAUUUGAUGAACAAUAUAUUCAUAUUGAGGUUUGCUUGAGGCAACUCGAUGCUUGCUUGAAUCAAAUUGUUCCAACCUUUGAGAACAUGAUGAAAGAUGCUCUGCUACAGGAAGAGAAGGCUGAGGAAGAAGUUAAAAAUAAUAGACAGGAUACUAUCGUGUUGCAACAUGUCAAUGACGAUUCAACGGUGACUCUUGAUGCUGACCAUUCGUCAUCCUCAAGUGCAGUAGCAACCAUAUUUGAAAUGGAGAAUACUAGCUCUCACACCACAACAAUGGAGAGCGUCAGUGAUGGUAAUGACCUUGAUAACAACAAUGAUGAUGAAAAUAAGGCCGUCAAGUCUUCCUUUUUAGAAGAAUAUGACCAAUAUGAAGAAGAAGAAGAGGACCACAAUCCAGAGAAUAAUGAGGAAAAUGAAUGGGAAGAAGUAAUGAUUGAAAAGAAUGACAAUCAGAGUGAUGAAAUGGAUAUGAUCUUUUCAAGCGCAGAAGAAAUGAUGCGAGAUGUUGGAAUUUUUUCGAACGAUUAUGAAAUUAUGAUUGAUUUGAAGGAUAUUUUCAAAGAUAAUGAGACAGUCGAUAAUGAGGCAUUAUUCGAAAUUUGUAAGGAAAAUUUACAUGCCCUUAAAAAAAUCUAUCUUCCUCAAAUCAAAGAAUGGAUGCGAAUAAUGACAAGUGUUGAAUUAAUAGAAUCCUCUGACAUUUCUAUUCGUCAGCAAAUGAUCAUGAAGUGUAUCGAUAUAAAGAAUAGAAUGAAUGACAUUUUCGAAAAGUGUGAAAAACUUGGCAUUGCAGAAACACAACCUCGAUCCAAAACUUGCACUAGAAAUAUGGAAGAACAAUUAGAACGAGCGCGACUAAUUGAGAAGCAAAUUGUUCAAGAUUUAAUUUCUCAAAGGAAGAAACGAAAAGGUUCCCCUGUUCAUCCUGCCACUACAUGUGAAAGUGUCAAGAAAAUCAAGCGAUGA